GCUCUACCCCUCCACCGCUGCCCUAUAAAAGUCCUUCCUCUGGCUCCCUCUGUCCGCUCCUCUUCCUCAGUCCCUCUUCUGCUCUGACUGCUGUGUCACGCUGCUUGAACGUCUGACCAUGAGUGGCCUAGAAAAUGCCAUGGUGACCAUCAUCGAAGUGUUCCACAAGUACUCAGAGAAAGAAGGAGACAAACACAAGCUGAAGAAAAGUGAGCUCAAGGACCUGAUCAGUAACGAGUUUCCGGCUUUCUCCGAGCAAGUGAAAGACCAGGCCACGAUGGAUAGCCUGAUGGAGAGUUUGGACGCGGAUGGCGACUCCGAGUGCGACUUCCAGGAGUUUAUGACUUUCAUCACCAUGGUUACCGUCUGUUGCCAUGAGUUCUUUGAGCAGCACGAAGACGAGUAAGGGAGCGGCGAAGGAGAAGAGCAACAAUAGAAUACAAAAGGAAUAGUUUAACAACGUGAGCAUGACAAUGUAAUGUAAGGCUUUCUUUUUUUUUCAUUUCAACUUCAUCAGCGUUAUUCUGUUUCUCAUAAGCAACUUUGUCAGCGUUAUUCUGUUUCUCUAAAGCCACUUCAUCAGCGUUAUUCUGAUUCUCUAAAGCAAAUGGUUCUGGUUUCCUAGGGUUUUGCUUAGUUCAUUGUAGAUGUAGAUACAUAUUUGAAUGAAGCAUUUUUUGGUCCCUUAAUUUAUAAUAAGUGUUUUUGUUUGUUUGUUUGUUUGUUCAUCAUGACAAUGAAAUUGACCUUAAACACUGUUAGUUAAACACAGUCUUAGUUGCAGCACACCAUCUUGUAUCCAAUCUCAAGUCCAGUGCAAAUUAUCCAGUAUACCCAUACAAAAAUUGUGUAGUGUAUUAUGGUUUGCUCUUAGCCAGGUUGGUAGAGUGAAAACAUUUACAUCGAAACCCACAUUGUGUUGGACUUGUUCUCUCCUUCGACUGAUUGUUUUGCUUUCUGUGUGUCACCUAUCAAAAUGGACGGCCAGAACAGAGUCUGCGGACUGGCCCAGCCAAAGCUGUUGUAGUGAUAAUUAAUUCUGUGCUGUGCCGCCUGUGUGAGGAUCUUCGCUCCGUGCUCUAGGGGAACGGAAUGACUUUGAGGGUACGACACCGUAUGACAUCAGAGAUAGCCACAACUGAUUCAAUUGGACAUCUUUAAGAAAAAAGCCAUGCUGUUCAUUAUGUCACCUUUCUGAUUAAAAAAACAAAACAAAACAAAUACAAAUGAGAUGACAGCUCUGACCUUUACACAAAUCAAAUAAACCCUAGAAGUGUUUUUCAUUAGCAGUUUUCAAAAGCAGUUAGCUCAUACAUUUAACCAAAUUGGUAGCAAAGAAAAUCCAUCUGUCUUCUGAUGAAACGGUACAGCGUUGGUGUUCUGUUCUGUCCAAGAUUGAGAGUGUGCAACUCAGUUGGUGAAUGAAAAACAUGCAUUGAGCAAAUGCUGCUAUGUGUUGCAAAGACGCUGAAUAAAAUUGUUGGCAGAA